UCCCCUUCUAAUUUAUUUAUUCACUUAUCUGCAACAUGGCUUUCUGGCGUGGGGUUGGUCAGCAAUUGCGCCGUGUAUCCAAGACCGGGGAUGUUUGUUUGACUCAAUCGCGGAGAUGCCUAAGUUAUUCAAGGUCAUGGAAGAACACCGGAAUCACAACACCCAUUCGCUCGCAAAUCAAAGCACAGGGAAGCCUUCAAUCACCUUGGCAAGGAUAUAAUACGUCCCGGCGUACUUUCUCAGUGACUGCCCAAGCUGCGCAUGGUCAUAUCACGCCGCCAAAGGCCGGAGAAGAGAUCAAUUUGACUUUCAUCGACAAGGAUGGCACCAAGAUAGACCUCCAGGUUGCCGAGGGCGAUAACCUACUCGACAUCGCACAGGCCAAUGACCUUGAAAUGGAAGGUGCGUGUGGAGGAUCUUGUGCCUGCUCAACGUGCCAUGUGAUUGUGGACGAUCCAGAGACCUUUGAUAAAAUGGAAGAACCAUCGGACGACGAGAACGACAUGUUGGAUCUGGCUUUCGGGCUUACCGAGACCUCUCGGUUGGGCUGCCAGGUGAUCAUGACCAAGGAUCUUGACGGAUUGGUUGUGCGAUUGCCAUCCAUGACACGGAAUCUCCAGGCAAGCGACUUUGAGUCGAAAUAAAGAGACCAGCAGAAACCCCGGGUGGGACUGUUUGGAUUUUAAAUACCCUCAUAUCUUAUC